AUGAACAGAAACAACCCACUGUACGAUGACCAUGGCAUAAGAAAUGCCUUUUUUUCUGAAAUUGCCUUUGGGAUCUCAGCCAAUACUGUCCUUCUGCUGUUCCUCGUGGUCAUGUUCUUUCGGGAGCACAGACACAAACCCACCAACUUGAUAACUGGUCUCUUGGCUCUAAGCCACAUAGUGAUGCUGCUGACCAUGGCCUUCAUAGCUACCGACAUUUUGGGGUCCCAGAGUUUUUGGGAUAACUUCACCUGUAGAUCAGUCAUUUCCUUGUACAGGGUGAUGAGGAGCAUCUCCAUUUGUGCUACAUGUCACCUGAGCAUCCUCCAGGCCAUCAUCCUCAGCCCCAGAAGCUCCUCCUUGUCCAAGUUCAAACACAAAUCCUUACUUCACAACGCAUGCUGCUUUCUUUCCCUGUGGACUUUCUAUAUGUCCAUUAGUGGUUUCAUGAAUUCCAUUGUUGCCACCCCCAAUGUGACUUCGCACGUUCUUAUAUUCGUCACUAAAUCCUGUUCUCUCUGGCUUUUCAGUGACUUCAGAUACUUACUUUUUGUACUGGCUGUCUUCCGGGAUGCCAUUCUUGUAGGGCUCAUGGUGCUUUCAAGUGUUUAUGUGGUAACUGUCUUGCACAGGCAUAAAAGGCAGUCCCAGUAUCUUCAUAGCACCAGCAUGUCCCCCAGAGCAUCUCCAGAGCAGAGGGCCGUCCGUACCAUUCUGCUGCUACUGAGUUUCUUUGUGGUCAUGUACUGCCUAGACUGCAUUGCCUCCUCCUCGAGAAAUAUGUGGAGUAAUGACCCAACUCACCGCUGUGUUCAGAUGUUUGUGUCCAGUGGCUAUGCCACACUCAGCCCUUUGGUGUUCAUGAGCACUGAACAACGUAUAAGUAACUUUUUGAAAACCAUGCAAGGUGGACAGUAA